CAAAGACAGACUGAAACUGGAUAAACAAACUGGAUCUCUGACCAUCACAAACACCACAACUAAACAUGAAGGAGUUUAUGAAGUUGAGAUCAGCAGAAUAAAAUCAUAUACUAAAAUCAGAUUCAGUGUUACUGUCUAUGGCCGGGGUACUCAAUAGGCGGACUCCGGUCCGCAUCCGGACUCAGACACGGUUAAAUCUGGACCGACGCCAAAACCAACAUGCUAAUUUAAUCAUAAUCCAAAUGAGUUUUCAAUGGAGCAAUGGAUAUAUGUCUUUGAGGAUUGUACUCGUUUUAGCUGCGUCAUCUAUGUCCAAUCGCAGCAGCUGUAACAGCAUCGCUAUAGCAACGUGACAACUACGUCACUCGUUCCCGCUCUCGCUCACUCGAGGCAGCCAGAUUUGUCGACCGGUGACAUCUUCUGGGCCAGGCAGGCGAACAGGCAUUCUAUCAUUUGCAAAUAUCGAUAACUGACUUUUUUUUCUAACUUAGUGAAAAUGGCGUGCUCAAAGCUGGCCGUUGAUAAGAAAAGAAAAGUUGAUUUUGAAAACCGCGAGUUUAAGAGUGAGUGGACAGAAAAAUAUGCAUUCGUGCUCCCCGUGGGAAGCAGAAAACCAAUGUGUUUAAUCUGCAACGAGACGGUAGCGAUCAUCAAAAGUGGUAACGUUAAACGUCAUUAUGAAACCAAGCACGCACAUUUUGAACAAAAUUACCCUCAGAACACAGAGUUAAGGACCACAAAAAUAAACCAGCUGAAAUCAUCCUAUGAAGCUACAAGCAGUGUAAUAGUUAGAUCAGCCACACAACAGGAGCGAGCAACGGAAGCCUCACUAAGAGUAGCAUGGGUCCUGGGAAAAAACAAGAAACCUUUCUCUGAUGCUGAAAUAGUCAAGGAGUGUAUGAGUGAAGUGGUGACUGCUCUUUUUGAAGGGACUCAAAAGGAUGAAAUAAUCCAGAAAAUAAGACAAAUACCCUGUUCUGAUUCCACUGCGGCAAGACGAACUGAAAUACUUGCUGUUGAUUUGCUUGAACAACUUAGCUCUGCUGUAAAAAAAGCCAAAUUCAUUUCAUUGGCUGUGGAUGAAUCCACAGACAGCACAGACAAUGCACAACUCCUGGUCUUUGUCAGAUUUUUUGAUGAAGAAAAGGGAGAAUUUUAUGAAGAUGUUUUGGGUCUUACAAACCUCCAUGGACACACAAGGGGGGAUGGCAUUUAUGAAGCAGUGACACAGAUGCUUAGAGACAGAGAGAUAGACCUGAAGCAUGUUGUUUCUAUUGCUACUGAUGGCGCACCAUGUAUGAUUGGGAGAGAGAGGGGAUUAGUGUCACGCUUGAGAGCUCACCACCCUGACCUCAUGGCAUACCACUGCAUAAUUCACCAGAUGGUUUUGUGUGCCAGCCUUGGAGAAAAGUACUCAGAAGUAAUGACAACAGUCAUGAAACUUGUCCACUAUCUGAGAGCAUCCUCUGCUCUGCAACAUCGUUUGUUGCGCUCAUUUCUAGUAGAGGUGAAUGCAACAUUUGAUGAUUUGCUCCUUCAAAACAAUGUCCGGUGGCUUAGUAAAGGCAAGGUACUGGAGCGGUUUUGGGCACUGCGGAAAGAGCUGGAGACAUUUCUGUUGGAUCAGAAGAGUGCAAAAGCCAAACCGUUUGUGGAUUUCAUGAAGAAUGAAGAAGAAAUGGAAGUUGUUGCUUUUCUAACUGACAUUACUUCCCAUCUCAAUGACCUUAAUUUGAAACUCCAGGGCAAAAACAGCACAGUGUGUGACCUCAUGUCAGCUGUCCGUGCUUUCCAAAGGAAGCUGGAGGUGUUCAAAUGUGACUUACAGCAGAACCUUCUUCACUUCCCAAGACUUUUGGAUCAGACUGCAGGAAAACAUCACCGUCACAAUUAUGCUGAAUUCCUGGAAAAGCUGAUUACAAAUUUCCAAACUCGCUUUGAAGAUUUCCCUCUCGGAAAACAAGUCUUGUUGUGCAUCGAAAAUCCAUUUCUUGUCAAAAGUAUUGCAGAAUUCUCAACUGAAGCCAUGAAAGUCUUCCCAUGGGCCAAUGCUGCUACUCUGCAAACAGAGCUAAUUGAGCUCCAAGAAAACUUAGCACUGCAGGAAUCUCACUGUGACCCUGUCACCUUCUGGACAAAGAUGGUUUAUGCAGCAGGUGUUCCUCUCCUGCAGAAGAUGGCCCUUCAAAUUCUCACCAUGUUUCCUUCAACAUACUGCUGUGAAUCUGCCUUUUCAACCAUGAACAUGGUGAAAAACGCAUACCGCAGCACACUCACCAAUGAACACUUACAUCAGUGCCUCCGCUUGGCCCUCACACCUUUUAAGCCCAAGUUUAAACAGCUGGUGGCACAAAGAAGGUGUCACCUUUCACACUAAAGGUCUAUCAUUUUUUGUGUAUAGUUCCAAAGUUUUGAGGUUUGUUUUUUUGUUGUUGUUGGAGUAUUUGGAAUUUGAACAUUACAUUUCCGGACCUCGGACUGAACGGAAAUUUUGUAAGUGGACCUUUCAAGUUCAUAUUUGAGUACCCCUGGUCUAUGCCGCUACACCAGACCCGCACACUCCCCCAAAACCAACUUCAGGUUCCCCUUCAGGUUCUUCUUCAGGUUCUCCAAACUUUCUGAUAGUG